AUGAAACAAGUGACUUGCACCGCUAGUUCAGGGCACGAACCAGAUACCAAUCCUUUGAUCCUUCGGCCGUAUUGCGAGAUUCCGGGCAUUAUUCCGCGGUAUUACAACACCUACAAGAGGGAAAAUGAAAAAGCAAUAAAAAAUGUUUCCAGCUACAUAAAUAACCCUAUCAAUGCUUUUAUCACUGUUAAAAGUCUCGUAACGGAUCUAAAGAAUAUUGAAUAUUUGAUUACAACAGAACCAGAACAGAAGGUAACACUCAAACACAAAGGUUUAGUGUACCCUACGUUGGAAGAUUUAAAAGGCACCGCACAAGGGCUUACUAGAUUAAUUAAAAUGUACCACUUGAAUGUGAGGGAUCUUGCUGAUGGAAAGCUUGAAGGGGAGGCUUUAAGUACACCCAUGACAGCCAGUGAUUGUUAUAUGCUCGGUCGUACGUUGUUUAAAGAUAAAGAUUUCGAGAUGGCUAUACUUUGGAUGAAACAAGCUUAUCGCAAAUACAACGAAGAAGACGUUCCCUAUCGGUUCACUGACAUCAAUAUACUUGAAUACAUUAGUUAUGGAUAUUACCAGCAAGGUGAGACACAAAAAGGUUUACAGUGGACACAAAAGAUAUUGAACAUAGAACCGGACCAUAAAAAGGCUAAACAAAGCCUGAAAGGCUACAUAAAGAGACUUACUAAGAAAAUAAUAAACCCAAGUCUUGGAAGUCGAAUAGAAGAAAGAGAAAACCCAUCUAUGGCCGAGGAUGACUAUAAAAAGACGAUGUUAGAAGAGAACUACGAGGACCUUUGCCGUGGAGAUAUAGACUUAUCCGUACAACUAAUAAGCAGAUUAACAUGUCGAUAUGUAACUGAGACGCAUCCGUUUUUGAAAAUAGCUCCCAUCAAGAUGGAAAUGAAGUACCUGGACCCUGAGGUGGUUCUGUAUCAUGAAUUACUGAAUGACCGUGAAAUUGAGUUGAUAAAACGUUUCGCUAUGCCUAGGCUUGAACUUGCGAAAGUCACUAAAUCAAAUAACGAUUUGGUACACGAUUCCCGUGUUAGUAAGAUAGCCUGGUUUGUAGACAGUCAGCUGGAAGUCCUCCAGCGGAUCUCAGAUAGAAUAUCGCAUUUCACAGGGUUGAGUAUGAAAAUCAAUCAAAGCCGGAAUAUGCAAAUCUGCAAUUAUGGAAUUGGAGGACACUUUUUGCCACAUGUGGAUCCGCCAUAUAUGACAGAUGUGCCUCGAGGUGGUGCGACAGUAUUUCCCAGAAUUGGUUUGAGAAUACCGCCAACGAAAGGAACUGCUCUUGUGUGGUUCAACUUGCACUCUUCAGGAGAGGUGAACCAGGCUACAUUGCAUGGCGCAUGUCCUGUUUUAUUGGGCUCCAAAUGGGUGUGCACAAAAUGGAUAUACCAGGCAGGACAAGAGCUUCGCAAACCCUGCAAUCGUAAAUACCAACCCGAAGGAUACGAUAUGACGGCCGUACCCCCUCCUGUCCUCAAAGUUUCCAGAUAUUUAGAUCUGUUUAAAAUAGAAUAUGACAUGGCAUCAAAAGGUAUUCCUAAGUAUUUGGAAAAUCCUCUAAAUGCGUUUACUUUAAUAAAAAGACUUGUUACGGAUUUAAAAUAUGUUAAGCAUCUUAUUAAAAGUGGAGAAGAAAAUAUUCACAAUGUCACUACAAAACAUGAAAACAUCAAAUAUCCUACUUCAGAAGAUUUGAUAGAAGCUGUCAAGGGAUUAAUGUCUUUAGAACAAGUAUACAAGUUGGAUAUAAAGGAAAUUGCCAAUGGAAAACUAAAUGGCUUUGUUUACAGUGCGGCAAUGACGGCCGGUGACUGUUACGAGUUUGCCCGAAUAAUAUUUAAUGAGCUCGAUCCUGAGUCAGCAGUCACGUUGAUGGAAGAAGCAUUGCCCAAAUAUUACGAAGAAAAAUUCCCCUACCUAUUUACUGAUAUUGAGAUCAUGGAAUAUAUUAGUUAUGGAAAUUAUAUGUUAGGAAACCCAAAAAUUGCAUUGUACUGGACCAAGAAAAUUUUAAAUAUUGAGCCGAACCAUGCAAGAUCUAGAAACAGUUUAAUUCGUUUUCAGAAGGAUAUCCUUGACGAAGAGACUAAACCAAAUAAACUUUUGAAUAAGAAGAAGAAAACUUUGAGCAAGAGACUGAAAAAGUAA